GAAAACUAACUUCCUCCAAGUUUCCAACAAAAAAAAAACAUGAGAAGGAGCCUUGUGUUUCAACAGCAAUACUAUGCUGAUGAUGGCACAUGGAUGGAGACUCAUCAGGCUCAGCAACAUGGCUAUGCCUUCCACGAAGAGUCGUCUUGGAGCUCUGAUAACAACUACGGCCACAAGCGAUUCCCAGCAGCCAUGCACAUGAACAAGCUUGGUGCUUUUGCUGUGGACUCUGAUCUCUCAAUGUCAAAACAGAAGCAUACCAAGUUAGGAGGAGCCAUGCGCAUGAACAGGCUUGCUGCUUUUGCUAUGGACUCUGACAUCUCAAUGUCAAAGCAAAGGCAUGGCAAGUUAGGAAGAGGCAUGCACAUGAACAUGAACAUGCUUGGUGAUUUUGCUAUGGACUCUGAGAUGUUAAUGUCAAAGCAGAAGCAUGGCAAGUUAGGAGGAAGCUCCGGCAAUAAUAUUUUUCAAGAAGGCAUGCACAGUGACCAUGGCUUUGGACGUGGCUAUGCACAUCAUGGGGGUGGCAAAAAGUUACCUUUUGCUGCCAAUAGUAGUAACUCUCAUCAUUUUUCGAAGGGUGGUGGCAAGUUCAAUUCUGGUGGGCACCAUGAGUAUUUCUCGGAGGAAAGCGAGGAGUACGAGGAGGCUUAUACCGAGGAGCAUGUUGGUGCAAUCACAGCUAAGGUGGAAGAAAUGAGAUAUCAGCACCAUAACUUGGGUGGGGAUCCUUGCUAUGUCAAUCCCUAUGACAGGAAUAACAAGAACUGGUGGACAGCAAAGGGGAUCUAAUUAAUAUACACGACCUACUUCCUCUGCAUUUGCUUCUUGCUAUAUGAUCGAUACAAACUGUAAUAAAAUGUGUGUUUCUGUUGUUUUCUUAUGGGGAAUAAGAUUCCCCUGAUUGUAUUUGGACCUUUGUCAUGCUUGAUGAAGUUACUUGUAAUAUCUACUUUUAACUUAUGAAGUUGUAAUAUAUUUGGACCCUUGUCUUUGAUUGAGA